AUGACACGUACUCCAGGAAAACCACUUAGAACUUCUACAACUGAAAGUGAUAUUUGGCCAAAAUUAUCUAUUGAAAAACAAAAAUUAAUUUUUGAUGAACUUGUUGAAUAUGUAACUCAAUUGCAUUCUCGUAUACCUUCUUCAAAUAAAAUUAGAAACUAUAAAAGUAAUGGACAAAUUGGACACGAUAGUAAUCUUCAAGGUCCAUGGAACAAUUAUAGAGAAUUUUUUUACGAUCAGUUAGAACUAAAAAUAAAAACUUUAAAUGAAGAAAAUAUAUUUGAUCCAGUUCGUGAUGAUGUUAUGAAAUCAAUUAAAGAAUUUCAAAAAUUAAAUCUUCCAGAAUUUAAUGAUCUUCCAAAUGUAUUUACACAUUAUGACCUUGGACUUCAAAAUUUAACUGUAAAUGAUAAUUAUAAAAUAACAGGAAUUAUUGAUUGGGAAUGGGCUGGAUCUUAUCCAGUAUCAGAAGAAUAUUUUCAUUCAUAUAAACCAAUUGUAUAUGAUAAGCAAUUAAAAAAUUAUCUUUUUGAUCAACUUGAAAAUCAUACUAUUCCAACUCCAAGAACAAUAUCUCGUUUUACACUUCUACAAAAUCUCUAUGAUUUCCUUGAAUCAAUUGUCCCAUGGUAUCUUACUAAAGUAGCUAAUCCUGAACAUCCAAUUGUCGAGAAAAAAAUAUUUGAAAAUAGAGAUAAAGUUAAAACACUUGUUGAACAAAUUAAACAAGAAUUAAACUAA